GGAGACAAGUGGGGUCGAGAGCGACCGAGCCUGAAUAACCUGGGGAAUUCAUGGCUCUUAUUUCUCCUUGUGUUUGACCCGGUGACGGUGGGAGUCAUCGAUUUCUCCUUCUACCUGAAGAACGAUGAAGAGAAUAGCGGCUGCUGUGAAAGGGAUGGCCAGAUAGCUGCGAUCCUGGAUCAGAAGAACUAUGUGGAGGAACUAAAUCGGCAACUCAAUUCUACAGUCAAUGGUCUCCAGGGCAGAGUUGAUACACUUGAGAAAGCAAACACUAAAUUGAUUGAAGAGCUGGCGAUCGCAAAGAACAGCAUCAUUCGACUACAAGAGGAAAAUCUUCAGUUUCGCAAUGAGAACAUGCACAUCAUAAUGAAAACCCAACAGCACAUGGAGGUGGUGAAGCUGGAUGUAUCUGCUGAACUGGAGACCUACAAGGACACGAGACAGGGCCAGGACGAUAUGUACAGCGAGGCCCGCAGGCAGCUCAGGGAGGAGGCACAGCUGAGACAGGAAGUGGAGAGUGACUUGUUGGCUCAGGUAGGUAUGAAGCAUGAGAUGGAGCUGGCUAUGAAGCUGCUGGAGAAGGAUGUUCAUGAGAAGCAGGACGCUCUGAUCAGCCUCCGAGAGCAGCUGGAGGAGGUGAAGGCCAUCAACGUGGAGAUGUUCCGCAAAUUACAGGGCUCCGAAGAUGGCCUAAAGCACAAGAGUGAGAUGAUGGGCCGACUGGAAGAGAAGACCAAUCAAAUCACGGCAGCCAUGAAGCGGAUGGAGCAAAGAUUGCAGCAAGCAGACAAGGAGCGACGCUUGGCCGAGGACGGCAGCAGGAAGUUCAAGCGGGAGCUGGGCGACAAGGUGGACGGUCUGCAGAGACAGAUCGUACAGAAAGAGCGGCAGCUGCAGCAGCUGGAGACUGACCUGAAGAUUGAGAAGGAAUGGAGAUAUGCGCUGCAGUGCGAUCUGCACAAGGAGCGCGAGACCAUCUCCGAGUUGCGAGCAGAGACCCAGCAAAUGAACGCCCUCAAAAAGGAAUUCCUCCGCCUACAGGAUGAGAACCGGCAGCUACAGAAGAUCUGUACUGAGCAGGAGCUGGCACUGCAGGAAUUGGGCUUGCAGCUCCGAGAGUCAAAACUGAAGAUAGAAGAAAUCAAAGAAGCUAACAAAGCUUUGCAGGGCCUGGUGUGGCUGAAGGACAAAGAGGCCACAAGCUGCAAACUGUGUGAGAAGGAAUUCUCCAUUUCAAGAAGAAAGCAUCACUGCAGAAACUGCGGGGAGAUUUUCUGUAACGCCUGCUCUGACAAUGAGCUCCCGCUGCCCUCCUCACCUAAGCCUGAGCGCGUGUGCGACACAUGUCACGCCACGCUCCUCCAGAGCUGCUCCUCCAACCUCUCCUGACUUCCCGUCAGCCUCGGCAUUCCUCCCGCCUACCCGGACAACCUCCCACCGUCUGUCGUAAAAUCAAGAACUUUUCAGUUUCGUUUUUGUUUUUCGCGUUCAGCUGGGUGUCUGACACAUGCGGAAAUCCAUCAUCGUUGCUUGA